CGGUUCCGGGGCGCGGAGCGGCCCCACCAUGGACGAUCUGAUCCUCAACGUUGACUUCUCCGCCCCGGAGCGCCGCUCCAAGAAGGAGCCGGGGAACCGAAAGCACCAGAGCUUUGUGCGGCGGCGCCGGGAGCUGGAGCGCCGCGGGGUCCUGCGGCAGAAACAGCUCCCGGCAGCACCGGGAGCGGCCCGGCCAGGCCGGGCACGGCGUGCGGGGGCCAAACGCAGCCCUAAAGAGAACGGUGUUGCCAGCACCCCCCGGUGCCCAUCACAGAACGGCCCCACUGGGAGCAAGGGGAAGGCUCGGGGGGCGGCACAGAACGGCCCCACCGGCACCGGAGCUCCUGCUCAGAGCAAGGGCAAGGUUCAGGGGGUGUCCCAGAAUGGCAGCACCGGAGCCAAGGGCAAGGCUCGGGGGGUGUCCCAGAACGGUGCCACCGGAGCCAAGGGCAAGGCUCGGGGGGCUGUGGGGGCCCCCCCGGCGCCCCCCAAGCUGGUGGCCCUGGACUGUGAGAUGGUGGGUACGGGCCCCGGGGGUCGCACCAGCGCCCUGGCCCGCUGCAGCAUCGUCACCUACGAGGGGGACGUGGUGUACGACCGGUACGUGCGGCCCGAGGCGCCCAUCGUGGAUUACCGGACCCGCUGGAGCGGCAUCCGCCCGCGGCACAUGGCACAGGCCGUGCCCUUCCGCAGGGCACAGCAGCAGGUUCUGCAGAUCCUUGCUGGCAAGGUGGUGGUGGGCCACGCCAUCCACAACGACUUCAAGGCUCUCCAUUACUGCCACCCCAAAGCCCUGACCAGGGACACGUCCCAGAUGCCGCUGCUGAACCGCAGGGCUGGCUUCCCUGAGAACGUGGCCAUCUCCCUGAAACGCCUCACCAAGGCCCUGCUCAACCAGGACAUCCAGGUGGGGAAAAGCGGCCACUCCUCGGUGGAAGAUGCCCGAGCCACCAUGGAGCUCUACAAGGUGGUGGAGGAGGAGUGGGAGCAGCACCUGCAGCAGAACCCGGAGCAGAAGUGACACCUGGGGGGCUCAGAGUGACACCUGGGGGGCUCAGAGUGACACCCCCAGCCUGGUCCUGCCUCUGGGGGGGCUCAGAGUGACACCCCCAGCCUAUGGGGGCAGCUCAGAGUGACACCCUGGGGAGCUCAGUGACACCCCCAGCCUGGUCUGGCCUCUAGGGGGGGGCUCAGAGUGACACCCCCAACCCACUCCUGCCUCUGGGGGGGGGCCCCAGAGGGGCCAACAGGUGCCAAGAGGCCGGUCCUGCCUCUGGGGGGACCCACAGUGACACCCCCAGCCCGGCCCUGCCUGUGGGGGGGACCCACAGUGACACCCCCAGCCUCUCGGGGGUCCCACAGUGA